GUUCAACUUUUGCCUCGUCGACAAUUAUCAGGAAACUCUCUUCCGUGCGGCCGGUGGUUUUUCUUAAGAAAAUUUCAAUAUUGUGAUGAAAAUAUUCAUAAAAUAAAUGAUUAUUCCAUAAGAAUUAAAUAUCUGAAGUGAAAUAAUGCAAAAAUUAGUAAAUUGAUAACAAAAAACACAUUGAAAAAUGGAUGUGGACAAUGAAAACUUUUACGAUGAAAUAGCAUCGUUUAUGCCGCAACCGGGAGACUAUAGUUUGGAAGAUUUAGAUGAAAUAAUACGUUCUACAGACUCUCACUUGGAUGCUUCGCUGGAUAUAAAUGCAUUUGCUAAUGCUUUUAAUCAAAAUGAUUUUGAUAUGACAAUAGCUGAAACGGAAACACAUAAUGACGAGCAAAAGUCAGCAACACAAACGUUGGGAGAUGAAACACAGAAAAAUUUCGAAAAUGAUUUUCAAUUUAAUUUUCCUGCAUUUCCUUCACCUGCUACCUCUCAACAAUCGGCAGGUUAUUCAUCUCCCUAUGAGACACCGGCUCGUACAUCAUCACCCACCUCCAUAGAUGAUGAUCAUUUCAAUCCCGAUGAUUUUAUUAAUUUUCUCAAUGAUGAUGAUGUUAAAAUUGAUGAUUUGACACGUGAAACUAUUAUGAAACUAAAUGAGAAUUGUCGCAAUACACCCUCACCAACAGGUAGCUGUACAAGUUCUAGUGGUAGUUCCACAAGUGGUAUACAGAGUGAUGCUUCAUCGGUGUCUUCAUCUAUGUCACAAAAUUAUAAAUGUAGUCGAAUGAGCCAAGAACAGGAUGAUGAUCUUUUAGAGUUUAUCAAAUUUAAAAAUGAGAAAUUUGAUCGUGAGGUACAAAUGAAUAAUGAAUCAUCUACAACAACAACACAACCUGCUCAACAAUGUUCAGAUAAUGCAGCUUCUAUGGAAAUGGAAAUACCAGCACCGACAGCAACAACAACAACUCCUGCAGCGACUUUAAUGCCUAUUACUUUGCCGGUAUUGCCAGUGACUAACAUACAAAGUGUACCACCGGUUAACUUUGUACAAGGAACUAUAAUUCCUGUACAAACAGUACCUUUAACAACUGUCAAUCCAGUGGUUAAUAUUAAAGCACCCACGGCUAUUAAAAUUGAAAACAAAACACCAGCCAAUAAAACAGUUAAAGUAACGGCAAUUGCAAACACUACUAAUGCUACAACCACUGUUGGUAAUUCAAAAGUAACACCUCCCACAAAUGCUAAACCUAAAACCAUAUUCCUAUCCUCGAAUGAUUUCAAAGCUUUAAUGCAAAAAAUGAAUACUAAUGGCAAAAAAAUCACCGGAGCCAAUGGUCAAAUGCCGAAAAUUAUAAUGAAAACUGCUAAUGGCAAAGUUAUAACUGCAAAUAAAUUGACGAACAAUACCAGCAGUAGCACAACCAUUUCGUCGUCGACGCCCACAUCUGCCAGUAUUAAUAAUUCAACUACGACAGCAGCUGCAUCUUCUCAAUCUCAAUCUAUGCAAUUUGUUUCGAAAAUGGUUAAAGCCAGUGGACCCAUGUUGGUUAAGCAACAACCCUCUAAAGUUGUCACAUCGAAUGCACGUUCUGCUGCAGUUAUGGCUGCUGCCAGAGCCUCACUAAGUCAUACCAGAACUAAUCGCAACGAUUUGGGUAUGUUAAGGGGUCUCAACGAUGAUAAAUUGUUGAAAAAACAAUUGCGUAUGCUUAAGAAUCGAGAAUCGGCCUCGUUGUCACGUAAAAAGAAAAAGGAAUAUGUUGAAAGAUUAGAGAAUCGUAUCAGUGAUUUGGAAAAGGAAAAUUAUUCAUUGAAAGGGGAAAACUCCUCUUUACGUUCACAAUUAAUGGCAUUCGCUCAAACCUGCAAUUGUAAACAUGGCAAUGUUAGUGAAUUCAUUCUCAACACCCUUAAUAUGGAUGGUAAAAAUGGUGGAGCAGUAUUAAAUGCAAUCGAUACAACAUAUCUUUUGAACAAUGCCAAACAACAUUUGGAUAAUUGUGGCAGUGCUGCGAAUAAUCAUAAUAAUUGUGGUAGUACAACAACAGCAGCCUCAACAACACAUCAUGUGAAAAUUGCUCCAAAACCUGCCAACGUAUCGGGUGCAUUCUCGAAUAAAGGUUUCAAACAACGCAUGAAUGCGGCCACCGUUAAGAAAAAUGUGGCUGUACUCUUUGCCAUGGCGUUUAUGGUUACAUUGAAUGUGGGAAAUUUUCAAAAUUAUCUAAACAAAUCUGCUCUCGAGAAUGCCAUCGAGACAACAGUGAACGAUGAACCAGUGGUGCAAACUGGACGUCGUUUGUUGUGGGUUCCGAAUGAACAUGAAUUUCACGAACAGACAAAUCGCAGUAAGCGUGAAACUGAAAUGGCAAAUAUGCCACCACCGCCAUUGCAUUUCUUGCGUCCCGUUAAUCGUACCACAGCGGAUAAGAUGAAUGGCACAUCGGCUAAAGAUGAGCCACCUAUAAAAAGGCCUUUGACUAUGACGACGACGACAACUUAUGCAAAUGCUACACAGGAAAAUAUGCGAUUGGCAAGGAACUUACAUAAAUGGAUUGGCGGCAAUGACUAUUUGAAUUUAACUGGCAAUGGAAUUGGCAAUGAUUUUGAACAAAUGGAACAUUUUAAAUUCAACUCUGGCUCUUAUAUGGACUACGAUUUACCGCUACAGGCUCCGAUUGGCACGAAACAGAAACGUAAAAUAUUUUUGGACACGAAAACACAACAAAAACACACAAAAUUGAAUAUGGAAGGAGAACGUAAUUCAUUGGGUUUGUUUAAGCCCAGAAUUAGUGAAGAAUAUUUAAGGCUUUUUAGAGGCAUCAAAAGGCAAGAUGAUACUUUCUAUGUUUUGUCCUUUAAUAUGGAUCAUAUUCUAUUGCCGGCUUCGGUUUAUAAUAAAAGUUCACGUCCAAAAAUGUCUCUCAUGUUACCAGCAGGAGAUCCGUCACUCAAUGGCGAUAUUGUGCUAAUGCAAAUUGACUGCGAAGUCAUUAAUACCACAGAGCUGGAAAUCAAAUCACAUAUGAUACCAGAAAAACUAAGACCUUCUAAAUAUUCAGCAAAUGUACGUGUUAAUCCAAAUGAUGUUGCCAACAAUGAAACGGCUGGUCCAGCUUCAGCUGCAGCAACUAAAUCAAAUGAAAUUCCCUUAAAGAGAGAAGAAUUGAAAGAGAAACCUACUGCUCCGCGUACAUAUUUCAUGAUGGGACCCAAAAAUCAAGUCUCUUCUACGCCAGCGUCUAAUUCCACGGUUAACGGAGUAAAUGUGGUUAAAAGGAAACCAACUAUUGUUAAAUUAAAUGCCAAUGACAGUGUUAUUGGCAGUGGCGUUUUAAAUGUACGCAAUUCAACACUAUUUUCACGCAUGCGCGAAACGGUUGUUUCGCAGAAUAAUGGUUUUGUAGCGGCUACAGAUGUUAAGAAAUUAAUAUAAUUUUCAAAGAUUUUUGCCAAAAGAAGUCUUUACUGGUUAUGUUUAACAUUUUCUACAUUUUAACAAAUCUUAUAUACAUUAAUUAACUUUGUAAGAAUUACUUAUUGUAUUUUUAUAUAUAUUUUUAAAUCUACUUAUUUGUUUAAAAUUUCUCAAUUUCUCAAUAUAAUACAAAAUUUGGACUCAAUUUAAGGCAAUAUGACACAUAAAAACAUAUAAAUUAAGAAUAUUUGAUAAAAAAUUUUAAUUUUUAAUUCUAUCCUAAUCUACACUUUAUGAUAAUAAUUUGAUUUUUUAAUGAAUUUUACUAAAUUUAAAAAUAUAUUAUGAAUUACAAAAAAAUUGUAAAGAAAAUACAUUUACAUACUAAAUUAGUUAAUAAGCAAAUAUGCUCUUUACAUAAAUUAAGCAUUUAAUUGAAAGAAACAAAAAUAUACACUUUAUUAAAUUUAUAAAAUUAUA